AUGCUUAUUGAAGAGAACGCUAGUAACUAUUCAAACAAUUUGUCAAGUUUUCAGAAGUUCGUGAUGAGCGGCUCUACUACUGUUGAUUAUACUUUUGAAUGGCCUGCAGGCCCUGAGGAAGUGCUUGUUACAGGCGAGUUUGACGAAUGGAAGGGGACCAUGCCACUGUUGAAAACAUCUUCCGGAGAUUUCGAACUUACUUUCCCCGUUAAAAUUCCUGCUGAUAAGGACAGGGUGUUCUUCAAGUUUAUUGUCGAUGGGACCUGGUUGGCGAGCGAUGCUUAUACUAAGGGCGCUGAUGAGAAUGGGAUUGAAAAUAAUUAUAUUUCAAGAAAUGAAGCUUUGGCUCUGAGCGAGAAUCCCGUCGGAACUAAGAUUCCUGAAGCGGGUGGUUUGGUGUGUAGAACGACAGAUUCUGCGGUCGCGGACGACGCAAUCCCAGAGCCCGGUGCUUAUCCAAAAACUCCUGCUGACGGGAAAAGCGAGGAAGCGCGUUCCGCAGCCAGCAAAGACGCUCCAAAACUUGAGCCCGAGGCAAUAGUCUCUAUUCCUGCGGUGACCGGCACAUCUCAAGUUCAGGAACAUGUCACGAAAAAGGCCGAAGACGCAGAAAACCCCGAGAACUCUACUGAAGGGACCGAAAAGACCGAAAGAGCUGAGCGAUCUGUGGAGAAGCGUGAGGAGUCUAUUGAAGGGACCGAAAAGACUGAAAGACCUGAGCAGUCUGUUGAGAAGUCUGUGGAAUCGGCUGAAAAGGCAGCGAAAUCGGCUGAGAAGUCCGCGAAAUUUGCUGAAAAGUCUGCGAAAUCGGCUGAAAAGUCUGUGAAAUCGGCUGAAAAGCCUGAGCAGUCUGCUGAAAAGGUUGCAGGAACAGGAAAUCCAGAACAAGCUGGGGAGCCUAGUAGGACACCUGUCGCAGCGGCCAAUGCCACAACUUCCGCUCCUGCUCCUGAACCUGCUUCUGUGCCAAAGCCCGUUAAGACUACAGAAGCUGAAGGGAUCAAAGGGACCGAGACAGCUGCCAAACCUCAACCUGCUGCCAUUCCUAGUCUGACUGUAAAGACCACCGCGCCUGGCGACUCCAAUGCCAAUCUGACCCCAUCUGGGCCAUCCGACAAGGAUGUGGUUACCUCAACGAUAACCUCGCCACCACGUCCUGCUGGCUCCACCGCAAUCUCGGAGGUGACCGGAUCGACGGUUGCCGCGAAGGACACUGCUCUGGACACAAUCCCCACUGUCUCGUCGUCCGAGUCGAAGAAAAGAUUCAAGAUCAAGAGAAGAUUCAAGAAAAACAAGAUCACUGGAGAAAAAACCAUUGUGUCGGAGGAACGCGUUCCUCUUGAUUCAGAGGAAUCAGGAACCGAGCAUCCCCUUGUUGACGAAGAGUUGGUGGCUUCGCCAAGCGAGGCAGCCGCAGGUGAUGUCCAUAUCAUGCCGGUUGGGCCACCAAUACAAAGCGAGAACAUGAAGUUCACGUCCUUGGCUGGGGAGCCUGGUCCAGUUGUACCUGGAAAUGUUGCGGAAGUCAAGGAGUUUACCGAAGUUAGAAACGUCGAUGUUGACGAACUCAAUGAGCGAUUGAACAAGCAAGAGAGGGAGAAAGAAGCCGUUGUGGACCAAACAGAAAAGACCUCUCCCGCUGACGCUGGAAAGCAAGGAACGCUCACUUUGGAUCCCAAAACUCACCAAAAUGAACUAAGGCCCCAAACCAGCAAUAAGUUAUAUGAAGUAACCAACGGGGACAGCGAACAUGUGAAGGACGAUUCGGAUGCGAAAGCAGCCGCCAUACCGGCCGCGGCUCCCGCUAAGGAGAGCGAACCAUCGUCGGAGAAGCCUGCGACCACCAAGAAUGAAAAGAAGCCCAUUGCCCAGAAAACGUCAGCCACAGCUCCCAAACAGGAGGAAAAGAAGAAGAAAGGCGGUUUCUUCAGUAAACUGAAAAAGAUUUUUCACUGA